UGGUCAUUGUCGGCUCGGGUACUAAAAUUAGCAAUAACCACGCACCUGCUAUGCAAAUUAUUGCGCAAUCGGUGUUCAGGCAAAAAGUUGACCGAAAAAUGUGGGGUGUUUUUAACGCUUCACUACCAGCAUAAAAGAAGUAAUCCAAAUGAAAAAUUUGCAUAUGUGGGAGGAGAUAUGUCCAAAUAAGCGGUAUCUGACCUUGCCAUGACCGGAAAAGAAAAAAUCAUUGCUCAAAAGUGAAAGUAAAAAAUUCGAUGGCUAAUAUUUUGCAGAAAGAAGGCAGAUUCACUUGAAAUUUAGCUUUUAAUAAAUUAAUUAUUGUGUUUUAAAAAAAAUACUAACCAUUUGAAUCAGGUAUAUGCGCGUGAAAUAAUAUAUAUUUAUUUAUUUCCAACACCACUAUACCUGUUCAGUAGAGUUACUCCCCUUUCCGCGGAAUUAUUACAUUGUUGUUACGGUGAAUUCGGGAGCGAUCUUUUGAGCGGUUUUACGGAUAUCGGUACGAUAAACACAGUAUUUGUUUAGCAGGAAGAGAAAUCGUCUCAUCUGGUAUCGAUGCAGGUAUGAAUUUACUUAAAUCACCUAAAUUAUUGUGUUAAAUAUGUCAAAGAAAAUCUGUUCCAGAUCGUACCCGCGCCAUGUCGUACCGGACUUGUCUUCAUUUGUAACAAAUGUAAAAUGUAACUUCUGUGAUUGAUCAUAAUCAUAAACUUAAAAGCUAAGUUACGUUAUUAGUUUUAAGUUGAUUAUACAUUUAGGGAGCAUUAUAUUUCACACACCAUCUCAUUAUUAGUUUUGUUUACGUAUUAAAACUGCUAUAAUUAAUUUCAGUUCUUAUUUCAUUUAUCGUGUAAGUACCUGUUAUCGAACAGCACCUAAUAUCGGACGUUUUGUUUUGGUUCUGUAUGCACAUGCGCAAAAGUGCGCAUGACGUCACAUUGAUAAACAAAUGGUCACACAUGAAGUCCAUGACCUACUUGCCUACUUAGCUUGAAACAAAUGCGCCAAAAACAGGUUAAAGGAAUGCAUUUAUUGUUAUUUACACCGUUUUGUGUGUUUUUUGCUAUUACUUUUUGAAUGCAUUUAUCAAAACGUGCAUUUACACACCAAAAAUCAUAUUUCCGUUUGCAAUUUUUAUUUCAGCAAACGCAGAUUUUUUCGCCGAGUCCGGGUCACGUGAUAGUCAUGUGACUUUGUAUAUACUGGAGUAGUAUUUAUGAAGUGUCGGGUAAUAGGUCAUGUUUACAUCGGCCGCCAUUUUGUUUUGUCUGCUAGAGGUGACAAUAAUCAGGGAAUCAUUGUUAUGAAUUCUUGAAGAGAACAUGACUGACAAAGAUCUAUUUGACAGUGAUUAUGAUGGAAGUUCACAAAUACAUGAGCACAGUUACAAUGUGAUAAGUAACAUUUUAAGCAGUUGCAUGUUGAAGACAUUGAAUUUGAUGGUUAACAAUUAUAUCCUGAAUUUAAACUUAAUUAUUUAAUAAUACAGAAUAUACAUAGGCCCCUACUGUAAGAAAUAAUAUUAUUGUCGGAAAUGUAAUUUGUAAGUAUGAUGACAAAAAUAUGUUUAUUUCUAUUCAUUUGCAUAGAUAUCGGACUCUGAGGAGACACAACCACCUUCACCUUUUGGUUGACAGGAAUAUUCCAGUGAAAGACAAGUUGUUCAACAGCCUUUUUUUACAAACAAAUUCCUGGUGCUGCCAUUCCUAAUCAACCGACAUAUCAUAAUUCUGGAUAAGAAUUCAGAUUACUGGCUGCAUAUUCAACCGAAUUUUUGGGUCCUGCGUUGGUGGGGGGUAACGUGUUUCAGACCAGAAUCCUGCCGGACCAUCCAAUUGCAAGGACAUCUAACAUAGCUGAAAUUGCCAUCCCGGUUGUUCCCGGUGCCGUGCUGGUCGUUGCUGGUCCUUCCCAGUGACUCCCGGAGUGACUAUGACAUCAAGUCAAGUUGAUCUUCAUUUGAUCCUACAGGUGGUCUCAUCACUUCGUAAAGUGGUUGCCAGCGGAUACGGCCCUCAGUGUGCUCACACUUUGCUUACAUCACAGACAGGGAAAGCAGUGGUUACUAGUGAUGGGUUGACCAUCAUUGAAGCCCUGAAUGUAGCCCACCCACUGGCUCAGGUUAUUGUAAAGGCAAUACAGAGUUGCAUGCGACAGACGCAAGAUGGUGCAAAAACAUUCCUCCUCCUUUUGGACAACCUCAUUAUUAAUAUCGGGCAUCACAUAGCAAAGGGCUGCUUCAGCCACAGUGGUCUGUGCAGCUUAUCUCAGCCCAGAGUGCUUCAAAACGGAAUGCUAUGUGCUCGGAAGGCAAUUGGUGAAUUUGAGAAUGAUAUAUUGCCAAUAAUUAAAUCUGCUGUUUAUAAGCGUUGUCUAGAUUUCCGUGAAGAGGUUCUCCAACAGAUUGGAAUGUCCGAAGUUUUAAAGCGGGUCUGUAACGCAACCAUUAUGCCCCACUACAGUGGCCGUGUCAGUAAUUUUAUGUCUGAUCUUCUUGUGAUGAGUGUGCUUGGCGGUCAAGAAGCUGUCAGUUACAGCAAUAUCAGAUUUGUAUCGCAAUAUUUUCAAAAGCUUGUUGUGAAAGUGCCUAACAGAGGUUAUAGUGAAUGUACCACUGUUGAGCCUUUGUUGAUAAGAAACAAGGUCAAAGUUGCUGUCAGUGGCAUAAAUAUUCUUGUUGAAAAGGAAAUUAAAGCUCUAGUUUUGAUGUCUGGCGUAGAUUUAACAACAGCUUCUGGUGAUCUUAACAGAGAAACAAUAAAUAUUAAACAUGGAACACUAACGUCCCUGCUAUUGCAUCGCAGAAAAUCAGUGCAAUCAUUUGCUGGAACAUGCCAAAGAUUAAAAAUAUCUCUGCUGCUCUGCUCAGAAACUGUGCCAAAUUAUGCUGGAGAGAUUUUCGAGAAGCACGGCAUUUCUGUAAUAGCUUUUGUUGAGAGUGACGACAUAGAGCUACUUGAAAUGCUGACAAAGAAACUCGCAUUGUCUUCCAUAUAUGAUGAAAUCAGUGACAUCAAUGUGAUUGAGCUGCAGAAAGUUAGUGAAAUGACAAUUGGUGGAGAGAAUUACACUCAACUUUUGGUGCCAGGUCUUAUAAAUUGGAAACAUUUGAUAGUGUGUGCUCCAACAGUGGGACUAGUUGACCAAGCAACCAUUGUAUUCAGCAAAGCGUUACAUGCAUUGAACAUGUGUUUUGUUGAUAUAAAUACUCUUAACUAUGAUGCAGAGCAUGAAAGUGUAAAUGAACGUGCUACAAACCCUGCAAAUCACAAUCUUGCUGAAAAUGAUGUGGGCAUUACAAAGUCUGAAGAUGAUGAAUGUGUAACUGAAUUGGAUAAUGUUGAGAAGUCUGCGAAUUUCAGCAAGGGUGACUGUUUCGGCAAGAAGAUUCUGGCAAAUGAUGUUGAAGGCGAUAAACUUGGUGAUAAUUCUUCUGUGAUCUUGUUUAUUCAAGGCGGUGGUACUUUCGAAGUUCUCAUGUCAGUAAUACUCCAACGUCUAGUCAGCAAGUGUACAGAUGUCAACACGGCAGAGGUAUGCAAGGCGAUGUCAGAUAUGUUCAAAGACUGUGUUCACACACUUCAUGACUGCACAGCAAAACAAGGCCAUGACACAAGAAGGUUAAAUGAAAUCUGGUCAAAGCUUCAAAAAGAGCAGUCAUGUGGGCUCAGUCGGCGGGGCAAUCCAAUCGACUGGACGAACUCACCUGUGUUUGAGCCUAUUGCCUCUAAAAUGCAUGUUUUUGAAUGUGUAGUAGGUUUGAUAAAGCAACUGCUAGGACUGGACGGAAUAGUGAGCGUAAAGAAAAUUUACACAAAAGAGAGUUAAACAUGGUUGUAAAUACAAUGUGUAUAUAUUUGCAAUAUGACACAUGAAAAACUAAAUGGUCUGAAUAAUUUUUGUUUCUCAUUUGAAAAGUAUGAAAUAACUAGGUUCUGACUUCUUGAAUAUUCUGCUAUUGUAACUUGAAUAGCUGAAGCCCAUUCAGUGCAGGAUUAGCACCGUGGAGGUCCAGUGACAUUUUGGGGACCACUCCCAAGGCUCCUAGUUGGCCUUGUGCCUACUUGAAUGCCAGUACCCAGUCCAUUUCACUCAUUUGAAUUAGCCUACCAGUGCCAAGGCUGGAAAGAUAUAAAUGAGUCGUGUUCUGAGAAAACUGGGCUUAAUGCAUGUGUGUAAAGUGUCAUCCCAGAUAAGCCUGUGCAGUGUGCACAGGCUAAUCAGGGACCACUUUCCGCUUUUAUGAAAUUUUUCGUUUAAAUGAAGUCUCUUCUUAGCAAAAAUCCAAUUUAGGCAGAAAGUGUCGUCCCUGAUUAGCCUAUGGGGACUGCACAGGCUAAUCUGGGAUGACACUUUACGAACAUGCAUAAUGCCCAGUUUUCUCAGAACACGACUCAAAUUGUGACAAUGUCCUUUUAUAGGUAUGAAAUGUCAUUAUAAUACUGUAAUGCCAAUAAAAACCAUGGUCUGUA